AUGAUGCACUACUGGACAUAUUUUCUUAUUAUUACAACCGUCUUUGUUUUGCUUUUCGCCACAUCUUCAUCGUCUUCCAUCAAUUCACCAUCUGUCUAUGCAAAAUAUACCUUAUCUUAUAAUGACGCUGAAUCAACGAACAUCUAUAUUAAUAUCGAAUUUGAAAUCAAUGAAGAUAUUCAACUUUAUUUAAAUGGAACACAAACAUUUAUAAUGCCACGUUCUAUUCCAUCUGGGUAUGCUUUAGAAUUCUACGAUUCAUAUGUUGAUAAUUUAGCCGCAAAAAGUUCAGUUGGAAGUCUUAUUACUGUCAAAAAAGAUUCGACUGGUGGUCCAAGAUGGACAUUAGAAUGUGCUUCAAAUGAAACAUUAUCAACUAUUUCUUAUUCAAUUAAUUUAACUAAACAUGAACAAGGGAUACUAAGUGGUUAUGAUGCAUCAAAAAUACGUCAAAAUCGUUAUAUAGGCAUCUUAGGCUAUUCUAUUUUUGGUUAUUUAGAGCCAAUGGAUAAAGUAGAAAAUUUGCCUCUAAUGUUAAUCGUUCAAAGUCUACCUGGAUGGCCUAUUCAUUUAACAUUACCACCUAGUACUAAUCGUGUACUAGGUCAACAAACAUAUGGUACUGCCAGUGGUAUAGCUAAAAAUUAUUAUCAUUUAGCCGAUACACAAGUAUUCAUGGGACCAAGUAUGAAUGUCACAUAUAUCCCUAUUUCUUAUGAUGAAUUAUAUCAACAAAAAACAAAAUCAAUACUGUCAUUUGAUCAGAAUCUAAUAGAACAAAACUAUAUUCAAAGAUCAUUAUCAUUUUAUGUAGUUGUCUAUACCGAAGAUACGGAUAAUUUGGACGUUGAUAUGGCCACUACCUUAAGUGUACAGGCAAUGAAAAACUUAUUAUUAUAUUACAAUAAUGUCCCAUUUCCACUUUAUACAGUUGCAAUGGAAAUGACUAAACCUUUAGAUGACAAGCAUAGCUAUGGUAUUAGCAUGGAGCAUUUAAAUAGUUGUACAAUAAAUAUUGAAUAUGGUAGUGGUAUAAAUAAAAAUAGUACAAAAGAUCAAAUAAGAAUAUUCCAAUACAAUCUAGCACAUCAUAUUCAACAUGCUUGGUUACCGAAACGGCUAUUUUCAAAAUUUUACUAUCCAUUUAUAUUUGAGUUAACACCAGUUAUCGAUACAAUUUGGUUUAACGAAGUAUGUUGA